GAGAAGAAAGAGUCCUUUAACGGUUCCGUUGCUCCGGCCGGGUCUCACCAAUGCAUUAUAUAAAAAUUUGUAUCUUUCCAUAUGUAUCCAUGCAUUGGUACUGAAUUUGAAGCUUCUCAUGAGUGUCAGAGAUUUCAUUUUCGAUAAUUUUGAAAUUUGGCUUCUCAAAGGCUGGCUACGUGAAGCAUAUUGAUUGGGAGCUUCAGGUCUCACAGAGAUACCUAUGGCGAAGGCGCUUCUCCAUGUUUUCACUUCAUUCUUUCAAUUAUCAUCUUGUGAUAGCAUAAUUCAUGGUCCAGCUCAAAAAAGCUACAAAAAUAUUGAAGAGAUAUUGAGGCUGAUGAAACCUACUCUUGAUGCUAUUGUCAAUUCUAGCAUGGCUAAUUGGGAAACUAUGCAGGAGGCUUUUGUAGAACUAAGACAAUGUGUUGAUGAAUUGGCAGAACUAUUUGGAAAUUGGCACCCACUUAUGAGCAAAAUUUAUUUGGUUCUGCAGGUUGAAUCACUGACAUUUAAGGUUUGUAAUACUGGUUUGGAAAUCUUAGACCUCUUGAAGUCUUCAAAACAUCCACCUGCUGAACAAAUUGCAUCAUCUCUGGAGCUUUCUAUGCAGAAAAUUAAACAGAUGGAUUUGCACCAAACAACUGCAAUUAUUAACGAAGCGGUAAGAGAGCGAAGGGAUGGCUUUGGAUGCAUGUCAGAGUGCCAGAAGAAAUGUGCCGAUUCCCUCAACUUGAAGUCUAACCAGGACCUUCUGAUAGAGGCAGUGGCACUGGAAAAAUUGAAAGAAAAUUCUGAACAAGCUGAUAACACUUGUGAUGCUGACUACAUAGAUCAGUUAAUAUCUGUGGUUGGUCACAUGCAGGAGCACCUCAUUGCAGCAAAACAAGCUGAAAAUUCAAACUAUGUUCCUAUACCUACUGAUUUAUGCUGUCCUCUUUCACUUGAGAUCAUGACUGAUCCGGUUAUUGUUCCUUCUGGACAAACAUACGAGCGGGCUUAUAUAAGGAAGUGGCUAGAUCUUGGGCUUAUGGUCUGCCCUAAAACAAGGCAGACUCUGGCUCACACCAAUCUUGUUCCUAAUUAUACCGUAAAGGCUUUAAUUGCGAGUUGGUGUGACAAGAAUAAUGUGAAGCUGCCCGACCAACCUUCUUUGAUUGAAAAUGAGGGAAAUAGUUCUGAAAAUAAUCAUUCACAGCAGCAUCAGUUGUCAUCACCUGGUAGAACUCGGUCUUCUGUAUCCCCUCCAACUGGCCUGAUCUCAUCUAGUGGAAGCAGCCAAGAUGAGAAUUCUCCUUUAAGCUCGUUAUCAUUGUCGGAGGAUUCAUUAUUUUCUACGGUUGGUAAUGAACCUAGCUUGAGUAAUGAGAUACUUACUCUAACACACACUGAGGACACACAACUGAACUCGAGCGAAAGAGAGAUGGAAUCUGAUAAUCAGUCGCCCAAGGGUCAUAUCCGAACUGCCUCUGCCUCUUUCGUUGAAUCUAGUUCAAGUAUGCCACCAGAUCUGGUCAAUGAGGGCAGUGAAAUGCCCUCAGAGCCCCAGGAUGCUUCUAUCUUGACAACCUCACAAAUCAGAAGUGAGUUCCCACCAAGGUUAGAGACGAGAUUCCGAAGCCAUACAAUAGGACGCCGACCUACUGACAGGAGUAUUCCAAAAAUUGUUUCUUCUCCCCUGAUUGGAAUAUCUGACGACCUUUCCAGAAUGGAAGACCAUAUCAAGACUCUUGUAGUGGACUUGAGUAGCUCUUCAGUUGAUAUUCAAGGAAACGCCACCGCUGAACUUAGGCAGCUUGCCAAGGAUAAUAUGAGCAACAGGAUUCUUAUUGCGAAUUCUGGGGCGAUCGUCUUUCUGGUUAAUCUACUUCAGUCUAGUGAUGCUAGGAUUCAGGAAAAUGCAGUUACUGCAUUACUCAACUUGUCAAUUAACGAUAAUAACAAAAUUGCAAUUGCAAAUGCUGGUGCAAUUACGCAUCUAAUACACGUACUGCAGACAGGUAGUGAUGAAGCAAAGGAGAACUCUGCUGCUACGCUUUAUAGUUUGUCAGCAGUUGAGGACAUCAAGAUAAAAAUUGGACGAUCUGGGGCUAUAUCACCAUUAGUUGAUCUUCUUGCAAAUGGGACUCUUAGGGGGAAGAAAGAUGCGGCAACAGCUUUGUUUAACUUGACAUUAUUUAAUGAAAACAAAGCCCGGAUCAUUCAGGCUGGAGCAGUGAAGCACCUUAUUGAUUUGAUGGACCCUGCUACAGGAAUGGUUGAUAGAGCAGUUGUUGUUUUGUCAAAUCUUUCCAGUAUCCAUGAGGGGAGGACUGCCAUUGGUCAGGAGGGAGGCAUCCCGGUGCUUGUUGAUACUAUUGAGUUGGGUUCGGCUCGGGGAAGGGAGAAUGCGGCAGCUGCUCUUCUGCAACUCUGUAUGAAUAGCAAUAGAUUCUGCAAUAUGGUUCUUCAGGAGGGAGUCAUUCCCCCGUUAGUGGCACUUUUACGAUCUGGCACUCCACGAGCUAAAGAAAAGGCUCAAUCACUUCUCGGACAUUUCAAAAACCAACGACAGAACAAUGGUGGAAGAGACUGAGCAAGGAGGUAUAUAUACAUCAUAUGUCUAGAUUUAAUUUGUCAGAUAGUUGCAGUUUCAUUGAUGUUAAGAGCAAUUAAUACAAGAAAUAUAAAGUUUGAUCUACCAAUGGAUUUGAUUGUAUUUCUAGUUAAGAGCAACAUUUUUCUUAUGAAUUACAAAGGUACUAUGCAUGUAGAGGUUCGUUUCAAAUGAAGCCUCUUAAGAUAGUUUUUCUUGGAAAAGAAAGGAAUCCUAAUCCUUUUAGCUAG